GAGUACCUUCACCACUUUCAACUGGACCAAAAGAGGGAGAGAGGGAGGGGAAACUUUCUCUCCAAACAUGCAGAAACGCCUGUGAGAUUUUUUUUCUCCCAACUUUCCAUGGAUCUGUUUUGUCUCUCACCCGCAAGAAGGAGCAGGGAAAAGGAGGCUGAGGAGGUGGAGAGGGGGAGAAAGGAGGAGACGGCGGGGAAGCGUCACAGCCGCCGCCGUCACCGACCCUGCCACCGCUGCUGCUGAAGUGUUACCGGUGUUUGCGCUCCUCCGCUGAAGAGGCAUCUUCUCUCUCCCACCCCCCCACCCCCCUCCUCCCCUCCUCCCCUCGUUCUUUCACUCCUCUCCUCAUCCGAGCAGCAGGGAGCUGGAGGGAAACAGACAGAGAGCUAAACACACACAUACACAAACACACACACACACGCAUACACCGGCUGGAUGCUCAUCUUCUUUCCCCCCCCCCCCUCCCCUCACUUUCCUCUCCUCUUCGCUCCCUUUUUGAUGUCCUGUCUUCACCUUCUGGACCACUUGUAACAUUUUUUCACCUUGACGAACGCGGAAAAAAGGAGAAAGUGAGGAGUUGGAUUUAUUUAUUUAUUUAUUUUUUGUUGUUGCGGGGAGAGCUCACAUACGCUCGCUGUCACGUUGUGAAGUCCUCCAGGGGAGUGUGCAGACACCCAAAAGCUGCCAAACACACACACACACACACACACACACACACACACACACACACACACACACAGAGUCACUGAUAACUCGCGUACACUCGCUCUCACACAGAGACUCGGUCUAAAUGCGUACUCCUACAGGUGCUUCGAGGAGAAAGAGAGGCAGGUGAAAACCAGGUAAAAAAAAAAAAAAGAAGGGGAAAAAAACCAAAGAGAGACAUUUGGAGGAAGGAUGGAGCAGCAGGAGUUCAAGUUGGAUGACGGCAGAAAGCACAGGCAGUAAGUUGCCAACAUGGCCGUUCCCAGGGGACAUCCUCCUCCCUCCCCUUGGCCUCCUCUCUUCCUCCUCCUCCUCUUCCUCCUCCUCCUCAUCUCCUCACCGCUCCCUCUGCAGGCCCGGCCGCUCCUCCUCCACCCGUCCAUCAACGUGGCCGUGGUGUUCAGCGGCUCCAGCUACCAGAACGAGGUCCGAGGCCGCCUAAGCGGGGAAAACUUUGUCGACCUGCCCAUAGUGGUCAGCCCGGUGACCGUGCUGGUCAAUGACACCAAUCCCCGCGACCUGCUGACACACCUCUGCGAUACCAUGGCAACAGAGAAGCUGCACGGCGUGGUGUUUGAGGAUGAUGUGGGCUCGGGCACCGGCGCUCAGGUGGCUGAAGUGGCACAGAUCCUGGACUUCCUCUCCACUCAGACAGCUCUGCCCAUCGUAGGCAUCAGCGGCGGCUCUGCAGUUGUCAUACCGUUCAAGUCGGAGGGGUCGUCCUUCUUGCAGAUGGGAGCGUCUCUGGAGCAGCAGGUUAUUUGUAUGUUCAAGCUCAUGGAGGAGUACGACUGGGGCGAGUUUGCGGUGAUCACCAGCUUGCUGCCAGGCUACGACACCUUUGUGGACAUCGUCGAGUCCUACACGGAUACCUCUUAUUUCCUGUGGAAUUUCCAGGAUGUCAUGUCUCUGGAAAUGUCGGUCGGGGCAAAUGACGUGAGGACCAGGCGCAUGCUUCAGCAGGUGGACUCUCAGGUACUCUUGGCGUACUGCUCCUACGAGGAGGCGCAGUACUUGUUCCGUCAGGCGGGUGAGGUGGGCCUGCUGGGGCCGGGCUACAUCUGGAUCCUCCCUAGCCCGGCCGUCGGCAACCCCGACAGCCCCCCACCUGCCAGCUUCCCUAUCGGAGUUAUCGGCGUCAUUACGGACCAGUGGAGGAAGAGCUUGCGGCAGCGGGUGAGGGAGGGCGUCGCCAUCGUAGCGAAAGGAGCCGAGAGCUUCAAGAAGCAGUACGGAUAUAUUCCAGAGGGACACGGAGACUGCAACAAACCGUCGAAACAAUCUGACAACAUCACCCUGUUCAGGCACAUGCUGAACGUGACGUGGGAAAGAAGAGAUCUGUCAUUCAACAACCAGGGCUUCCUGUCCAACCCGGCCAUGAUCCUCGUCGCUUUGGACCGGGAGAGACUCUGGGACAAGGUGGGUACGUAUGCUCGAGGGAUCCUUCAGGUUCGCUACCCGGUCUGGCCUCGUUACGGCAACUUCCUGGAACAGGUGUCAGAUGACCGUCACCUGACUGUGGCCACGCUGGAGGAGCGUCCCUUCGUCAUAGUGGAGAACGUGGACCCGGGCACCGGCACGUGUGUCCGCAACACGGUUCCCUGUAGGCGCCAGUCCAAUCAAACAGAGAGCAUAAUCGGCCACUCGGAGUCCUACACCAAACUCUGCUGCAAGGGCUUUUGCAUCGACAUCCUGAAGAAGCUCUCCCGCACCAUCAAGUUCUCCUACGACCUCUACCUGGUCACCAACGGGAAACACGGCAAGCUUGUCCGGGGGACUUGGAACGGCAUGAUUGGGGAGGUUGUGUAUAGACGAGCCGACAUGGCCAUCGGCUCUCUCACUAUCAAUGAGGAGCGUUCGGAAAUCAUCGACUUCUCUGUGCCGUUUGUAGAGACGGGCAUCAGCGUCAUGGUCGCCCGCAGCAAUGGGACGGUUUCCCCAUCUGCCUUUCUUGAGCCCUACAGCCCAGCAGUGUGGGUCAUGAUGUUUGUGAUGUGCCUGACUGUGGUGGCAGUGACGGUGUUUGUGUUUGAGUACUUCAGUCCUGUCGGCUACAACCGCAGUCUGGUCAGCGCCAAAACUCCCGGUGGUCCAACGUUCACCAUCGGCAAGUCGGUGUGGCUGCUGUGGGGCAUCGUCUUCAAUAACUCGGUCCCCAUCGAGAACCCUAAAGGAACCACCAGUAAGAUCAUGGUCCUGAUCUGGGCUUUCUUCGCUGUCAUCUUCCUGGCGUCUUACACCGCCAACCUGGCCGCCUUCAUGAUCCAGGAGCAAUACAUCGACACCGUUUCUGGGCUCUCCGACAAGAAGUUCCAGAAACCGCACGAGCAUUACCCCCCUUUCCGCUUCGGGACGGUCCCAAACGGGAGCACGGAGAGGAACAUCCGCAGCAAUUACCCGGACAUGCACACACACAUGAUGAAAUACAACCAGAAGGGGGUGGAAGAAGCGCUAGAGAGCCUCAAAACCGGGAAGCUGGACGCCUUUAUCUACGAUGCUGCUGUUUUGAAUUACAUGGCGGGGAAGGACGAAGGCUGCAAGCUGGUGACCAUCGGCAGCGGGAAAGUGUUUGCCACCACAGGAUACGGCAUCGCUCUGCAGAAAGACUCCCGCUGGAAACGGCUUAUAGACCUGGCGCUGCUGCAGUUCCUCGGAGACGGAGACACCCAGCGCUUGGAGACGGUUUGGUUGUCGGGCAUCUGCCAGAACGAGAAGAACGAAGUGAUGAGCAGUAAGCUGGACAUUGACAACAUGGCGGGCGUCUUCUACAUGCUGCUCGUGGCGAUGGGCCUCAGCCUGCUGGUCUUUGCCUGGGAACAUUUGCUGUAUUGGAAACUACGACACUCUGUCAAUAAGUCCCGCAAACUGGAGUUCAUGUUGGCCAUCAGUAGGGGUAUUUACAGUUGUUUCAAUGGAGUGCAAGACACUGGACACAAAUCAGGUCUGGCUAAACCUGAUCUGACCUCAAACUACGCUCAAGCGAACAUGCUAAAGAUGCUUCGCACUGCCAAGGGCCUGGUCUCCACCGCCAAUGUCGAGACUUCUCUGGACCACGCCACCAAGACCAUAGAGCAGUUGAGUCGUCACGGUGGGAGUUUGCCUGUCCGCAUUCCACAAAUGGCGAUGGAAACUGUACCCGGAGGGUUCGCGUACAUCACGGAGAAUCACUGCCCCCUUCCCCAGCGUUCCCUAACCCCUCCUCUGAGUGCCGUGAACUCUCUGAAACUGCAGCGAGGGAUGACCAGGCCGACGCCGCUGCGCUACACGCUACCGACUCAUUCGUCCUCCUGUCUGUACGAUCGGCAACUUCCUGUGUCCAGCCUCAGCAGCCCUCACCUCGCUGUGAGUGAACCGCUUCCUCAUCAGCACCCGCACAACUACCAGACCACCGGGAGACUCUAUGUGGACACUCACUCGCCCUUCAUCCCUUACAACGACCUACAACUUCCUGACAUCUACACGUCUCACCCGGUCUCCUCGUCUCAGAACCACAACGUACAUCCCGGCUUCUCCAGACGGAAACGGAGGUCCAAGAGUUUCCAGUAUGACGAGGGGGAUUCAGAGAGGAGAUCACACAGGGACCAGGACAAGAGUGACAGGAGUCCGGUCUUUUUGAGUGAGCUCACAGCAAACCACCUCCAAGAAAACCACAUCUCUACCCAAAGCAGUGAAAACAUCUACCCCGGAGAGGGGGUGUGUCCUCGGGUAGAGAACUAUGGCUCUUGGCCUCCAGAGGACCUUGCGGUGCGAGGGAGACGCAGGCACCGCCGUCCCUCUUUCCUUAAAGCGACUUGGGGCAACGAGCAGAUGCGCCAGCUCGACGAAUCCCAGUCAUCCUUGUCCAGCCAGUCACCAUCAACCCUGCCAGACCUGUUCCCGUGCAUUAUCACACCGACCACAGCUACAAAGCCCUAUAACCCUGCCCACCUUCGAAACAACCUGUGCCUCCCACGGAACCAGGCCUACCUCCACAUAAGGGAGGACCAGAGGAGGUCCAAUGGGCGUAAGGGCCAGAAGCUGCGCUACUCCCACUCCACCUACCUCCCCACAUACGGGGAAGCGGUGCGACAGGGGACAGGGUUAGGACGGGGGAUGGUACGUAGAGCCACAAGCUUGCUCAGCAGACAGUACGCCCACUACCUGAACUCGUACCCUGGACUACCUUUCUACCAUGGUCCCUUGGACCUGCAGCACCACAACCAGGCUACUAACAACCCAAUGUGCCAGCUGCUGGCUUGUGGUGGAGGGGGAUGCGGAAGUCAGCGGGCUCUGUUGUACCAGGACAGUGUCUAUGGGGGCUACGGGGUCUAUCAGGGAUCCCAGACUGGAUCAGAGGUCCAGUCAGGUCAGGGAGCAGGGGUACAGCCCACAGGGAGCCCCUGCGUACUCCGCCCCUGGCGACGGGUGUCCAGUCUUGAGUCUGAGGUCUGACAGAGAACCAAAGGGACCUUGUAGGACUGAUACUGUGGAGUAAACAUGAAAAGACUUCAGAGAGGGAUUAGUGGUUAGAUUUAUGUAAGGGGGAUAAGUUAUGACUUGAAGUAAUUGUGGAAUUUCUGUGACUUUGUGCAGUGAAGAUGAGACAUUUGGGUCUACCAACUUACUGACUUAUUUGAUGUACACUACGGUAUGAAAAUGACUUCACUGUUAUCUUCGGUUAAGCUGUGGAAAGCUAGAGUUUGCAGGUUUUACUCACUUGCUACUUUCCUACGACAACGCCUGUCUGUUUGCUGUGCUUUAACGUGCACUACGAUUUACAGCGGUCCACGGUGUCGGCGCAUGGUUAAACUAUAACCAGAGUUUUCAAGCUGUGUGUUUUUGUGUAUAUUUAAUUAUGGAUUGGUCGGAAAAUUCAGUCGUGGGUGUUGUGGAGUAGUGAAACGUUUACAGCUUGGGAGAAAUAGUGAAGGAAUCUGGGAUCGUGUCCUUAAAUACAGCCACCAAAAAACUAGUAGCAACUGUAGCAAGAUGUGUAUAGACAGCUGUGACGUACAAGAGAAGAGUUUAUUUCCAAAACGAGACAUUCAAUAUUAAAACACUUUGUCUCCAGAUACAGAAAGAGCAGCAGUUUUUUUUUUUUUUUUUUUUAGGAUGAAAUUUUGAGACAUCUGUUAAUGAAUUUCAGGUAUCUUCUUUAAAGAUUUACAAUGUUUUGGAGCUAAACCCUUCAAGUCUUGGUAAUUAAGUGAUGAGUCAGAGGAAGCAGAGACUUUGGGAAAGGAGUCCAUAUGAACACAAUCUGCAAAAUGAUGAAAGUAUUGGAGCAGCACUGUCCAGCACAAGGUGUCUUAAUCCAUGGAUUCUUGUUCCUCCCUGGGUCUCGGUAUGAGGCCACAGUACAGCACAAACAUCACACAGGGCCUCACAUUCAUCCAACUCUGCAUCUUAAAACUAUAUCGAUAUAGAAAAAUGUGUUACUUCAGGCUGGUUAGUGUCAUAUUCAUGUAUUCUGCAUAUGAUAAGAAUUUAUAGUCACUUAAAGUUUUCUAAUCACACUUCAUGCACAUUUUUCUUUUUCUGUUAAGCUGUUGCGGAUUUACUGAAACAUGUGUUAUUACGCUAUUAGCUCAGAAAGAUUGGCCUAUAUUCAGAUGGCCUAUAUACAAUUUUCAACACUUUCUCUUUUCCACUCUUUUAUAUUCCCUCCCCAUUCCUUUUCUGUUCAAUGAUCAAAAUUAAAUGAGGUAAUUGAAAGCUAUUCUAGUAUCUAUAUUACCCGACUCCCUCACCCUGUAAUAAAUCACUUAGAUCAAUUAAAGAGCCUUUUUGGAUGAA